AUGGGGUCGUAUUACGAUGUCGACGCGAUCCUGACCGACGCGCAAAAGGUCCCGUGUACCUUCGAGCUUACAGUCCCCGGUCUGGGCUACGUCGAGGGUAACAUGUCCGGCGACAUGAAGCAGGGCUCGAAAGUCGAGCUGCCGCUUUGGCUUGGGGAGAUGCUGGCAUUGAGCCAAAGCUUGAAUACGUCCUCCCUCGUCACCCUGGAUCCCCCAGCUGCUCUCGCACCCCGCGUGUUAAACGCGUUGAAGGCUGAUCCGAGAACGGUCGAUCUGCGGGCCCUUGCACCACACUUCUACAACCUCGGAGCGCGGAUAUUAGAGCUUUUCGAGGAAGAAGAAAUGGUCGAAAUCUUGAGCGAGACGUUCAAGGCCAGAGCCGCUGUUAUCGCUGAUCAAGCUCACAACCCACGUGGGGCACUGGGCGAGGGUGCUGAUUUCAUGCGAGGACUUGAUGAGAACGAACGCAAGUUGUUUCGAGAUGCGCACGAAAGCGCCAAAGCAGUCCGAACGUGGAUGACAGAGCCCAAGACUAAAUGA